UGGCGAUCCAAGCUUCAUCUGCUCUAGUGAACCCCCCACCCUUUCGGAGCGACUUGGAGCACAGAACAGGAGCAUUCAUCACGAUUGAAUAUAUCUUUUCUCCGUAAACCUACGAUAAAUCGAAGAUUUCAAAGCACUUCUCAACCACCAGCCAAGAUGUCUGGCGCAUCUGGCAAAUGGCGUGAGGACCAGGUCCUAGUCAUCUGCCCUGGCAGCAAGACCACAAUGGCCCAGAUGGGCUGCGCUGAACUAACCCCUCCAGCGCACCGGAUCCCUACGCGCAUGUUCAAGGACGAAGAAGGCGAAGGCUACAGGCCGUAUCACAUCGAGAAGCGCAAAAAGACGCCAGUGCAGCCUGUCAAUGGCGCGGCGCCGCUGUUGGAAGAGGACGAGUGGGAGUACAUUGAAGACCCCGAUGCGACAGAGGGCGCCAUAUAUCCCAUCAAAGGCGGUCGCAUCGUCGACAUGCAUGCCUUCCUGGCCUUUUUGGACCACGUCCACAGUCUUCUCACGACGACUUAUCACAACACACCAAUAAUGCUGAUGGCAUCCCCCCAGUGGACGCGGCCAGACUGCGAAGCUAUCGCGCGCUACAUAUUUGAAAAGACGAAAACCCCUGCACUCUGCCUGAUCCACAGCGCUGUCGCGACCCAGUACGGCCUCAAGUGGCCGAGCAUGACCGUGGUCGACGUGGGCUUUGAGAAGGUGGACGUCACGUGCUUAUACGACAGCAGGGUUGUCAAUCACCAAGAGGUUGGCAAUCCGGUCGACGAGAACUUUGGAGAGGCCAUCUCGGGUGGUGAGGUUUUCACACGGAAGCUUCAGAGCUUGCUCAAGGACAAAGAAUUCACGUAUGAAAUGGCCGAGCAAUUGAAGAAGAGCCCUGUAUGCGAAGUGCUCCCAUAUGCUGCCGAAAACCCGCUGCUCAUGGAGCUGCCGAAAGAGAACGCCUCGGCUGGACCAGUACCAGCUCCGGCCGCCGUGCUUCAGGCGGCCCAGGAAGCACCGGCCACCGUGGAGCCGGCGCGACCGCCGGUCACUACUGCUGAUGCAGAGGAAGAUGAUGAGGCUGGGGACGACAAGGCUGCCAAUGGCGAUGAUGGCGUUUUGGAUGUUGCCAGCAUUGUUACCAGCGGUCAAACGAAGGAAUUCCUGGCUAAAAAGGAAAAGGAGAAGGCAGAGAAGCAAAAAGGAAAGAAGGGGACCAAGGGUCAAGAAGGCGAUGCAGCUGCCGCAAAGAACGCAAGGCUACCCAAUUCGAAGAGGAUGAAGGCUACAUUCCACUACGAGGAGGUGGUGCGAGAGGAAGCUCCAUUACCCGCAGAUGUCGAGCCGAAGCCUGUCGAGACGACUAACCCUCCUGCGAGUGGACAAGAAGCCGCAGCGGAGGCCAGUGGUGCUCCCGCAGGGGAAAGUAGCGAAGUAAAGCCUUCAGAUGGCAGCGCAGCACCAGCCGUGUCCAAUGGUGAGACGAAAGAGUCUGAAGCAAAGCCAGCAGACGCACCACUAUCCUUCUUCCCAUCUGCUGAAGCACCAGCAGCCCCGGCGCCCUCCGGCACAGAGCGUGCAGUGAAGCGGAUAAGGCGGGACAUUGAGGUAGGGUUGGAGAGGUUCAGCUUUGCAGACCGUGCCGAGAUCGACCGCAUCGUGACUGCCAUUUACAAGGCAGUACAGGGGAUCGAGGACAUGUAUAUGCGCCCGGCUUGCUGGGAGCACCUGGUCUUCGUCGGCAACGGUGCUCGCGUGCGCGGCCUCAAGGAGAACAUAUUGCAGACACUGAACUCCAGAUACCUGGUUUCCCCAAGCACUGCGACCAUGUUCACUUCGGAGCUGCCAUCAAACCUGGCCACCCCCACAGGGACCGGAUCGCAGACACCCACAGGGAGCUUUACGGGACCGCCUCACCAGCUUCCUGCCCCGACGAGUGGUGUCAACCCGCUGCUGCGUGAUGCGGUGACAGCGGCAUCUAUGGGGCACGCCGGGACCCCAGGAGGUCCAAUGGGGGCCAAUGCGCCUGGAAGCAACGCCGGCGAUGGCGGCGCGGUAUCAUCUCAUUUCCACAGCCAGACACCUACAAGUAUUAAGCUUGCUGCUUUACCGACCUAUCUGGGCGAGUGGACCAAAAAUGGUUAUGAGGAGGCCAUGUUCUUGGGCGCGCAGGUUGCGGCGAGGCUUGCUUUCUGUAUGCACAAUCUGAGUGCCGCCGAAGCAGAGAGCCAAAGGUUAAUGAGCCUAAACAGAAUUGAGUUCAAUGAGCUUGGUCCCAAAGCUAUCCGAACCCACUCUAUGCUUGGCCAAUAGUCGCUUUGUGAUGUACAGUCAAUAACAAAAACAGUUCACAUCCUGCCAAGUUGACAAGUCUUUUCUUGGGCGGACUGCAGCUAUUCUGACUUGAAACUGACUGACUUGUCUUAAAAUUGAUUCAUGUCCCCUAGCACGUCGUAACUAAUUUAUAACAACAAGAUAAAGCGAUUUUCUAGAGUUUGGAAUUUUUUUGGUGUUUUGUGAUGCCGUCUGCCAGCCAAUACUUAGAGGGACUUACAAGUGUAUUUGAUUGUGUGACUCACUGCACGUCUGAUUCAACUCAGCAUCUCAUAGAAACAAGGAGAAAGUAUAUCUGCA